AAUAUAUAUUAUUACAAUUAUGUAUCAUUGAAUGAGGAUCAGGGCAACCUGCAAAGUAAAAGGACACGAGACUUUAAUGUUGUGCAAAGAAAUCCUUUGAAACGCUCUAUUUUGUAACAAAAAACACCGAGAAAACAAUGUUAUACAAAUUGUAGAAACGCAAUUGUGACGUGGAUUUGCGUCCAUUUGGACAAUGGCGCGACGAAUGAACACGUCGUUCCUGUGUUUGGCAUUCUUUCUUUGUGUUAUCGUUGCCUUGCAAAUCGUGAACCAUUUUGAAAUAGAUGAAAACACUGAAACCUUAUGCGAUUGCGAUGGAAAAGUCGACGAGGAAGAGAAACGCGGUGAUUUUGAACGUGGAAACACGUCGCCGGUAGAGAAAUCAGCCAAGCUCGAAUCAUACGUCGAAGGCAUGUUGGAAUUGCUCAGCAGUAUGAACGAAGUAGAAAAAUCAGAACUUGGGACGAAUUUUAACAGCCUGUAUGAAGUCCUGAAAGAUAUUAAAGAAGCAAGAAACGGCAAUGCAAAUACUCGAAAGCUGAGAGAGCAAUUCGUUCAAAGUCCAUCAGAUUCAAAGAGUACAGACAAUCAGGAAGUUUGCCCGGAAAAAUUCCUGGGAAAGACACUCACUUACGGCUACCCAUUCUUUCGAAAAGGUUUCGCAACUUUGAACUGUACUGAUUUUGUGCCAUUGCACGAGAUCGUGACGGUCGUUUUCGACGACGUUCAUACCAGCAAAAUGAACCCCCCGGCUUACGAGCGUGUUCUAGGAGGUAUUAAGAAAUACUAUCCAGAAUUGAACGUUGUUUAUUUAACAGAAAAUAACCCGGGGGAUGUGGAGAAGAUAAAAACAAACGUUAAAAUAGUUGAAGUCAAAAGCGGCACAAAACAGAGCAAAAUGUGGAGCACAGCCAUUUCCAAAGUAACCACAAAGUACGUUUUGGUUGGUCCACAGGUGACGGAAUUUGACGACGACAUUAACUUAAAGAGGCUCGUGCGCAUUUUGAGCGAACAGCCCGAUGUCACUUUUGCUUCGGGUUCGUAUCGCACACGCAAUGGACACUGGGAUAUCGGUUGUUUGCAGACGAUGUUCCAGAAUUACACACUGACCUUUCAAGGCGGCUACUACAUGUCUUUCUGGGAUUGUGUUGUCUGUGAUUUCACGCCUGGACCGUGGUUGGCCCGCACAAAGGAUCUGCGGGAAUUGAAGUUUGAUCAGAACCUAGACUUCGGUGUUUUUUACGACCUCUUCUGGAAGAUGAAGAAGAAAAAGAGGAUAGCCGUGAGUUGUCCUGACGUGAUGUUCAACAUCGACAGAGGCAUUGUUGAAGAUGUGAAGUUCUUAGCAUUUGCAUCCAAGUAUGACAUACGAAAGAUAGUCGAACCGAACAAUCAAGUUCGAUGGUAUGGUUGCCGACAUGGCAUCAAACAUGGAAGAGGAAGUUCGUGUCGAAAGGAGAGAGGACUCGGAGUCCCGCCAUGCGAUCUUGAAAAUCUUGCUGAUGCUGUGAAACUUAUUAUGAGGGAAUGUGAGAAUGCAGGACUGUUUUGUGAGUUGCAAAUGGGAACCCUGUUAGGAGCAGUCAAGUUCAACAAAGUCUUGCCGUGGGAGCGAGACGCUGAUCUUACAUUCCUUACAGCCAACUACUCGGCCAUUAUAAAACUCGGAGAAAAAUUUCAAGCGGCCGGUUACAGUUUCACUCCCCACAAGGAUUCCCUGUGGUGUUGUGUCGACGGUCGGCAGGCUGGGGGAGAGAUCUCCAUGACGGCUGACGGAUGGAAUGUUGAUUUGUAUGGACAACAUUUAAUGGAGUCCGAAAUGCUCGUCGCUCGCGGUGAAGCGCCAACGAAAAUCGACUUUGCCGGUCAAAUGGUCACGGUGGUCCGUAACCCCGGUCUAUUUGCCCGAAACCGCUACGGUUCAAAUCUUUAUCGGCAUCAAGAGCAUUGGCUGGAUCGGGGCAAACAGUCAGGGUGGCAUUUCUACGAUCCGGGGAAGUUUGAAGGUUGUCCAAACCAACAGCACUCCGGAUGCCUUAGUCAGUAUUCUAUUGAUGGCAACAUGCAAUUUGACAAGAAUAUAUGCCCGUGCACCUAUCAGAUUCCGCAGAGGUGAGGGAGAUCGUAGGAACGGUCAAACUCAUUGUGUCGGCAGAGGGGUAUGGUAAAGAUAAAAGAUAUGUCUAAGUGAAAAAAGUAAAAAGGCACGUUUGUAUUCCACGUUGAAG